AUGAAUGACGAUUAUUAUGAGGAUGAGUGUGAGGAUGAGAAUGAGGCAUUACUGGGCAACUCACCCCCUUUCACGGUGUGUGAGGAUGAUUAUGAGGCUGUGUGUGGGGAUGAUUAUGAGGCUGUGUGUGAGGAUGAUUAUGAGGCUGUGUGUGGGGAUGAUUAUGAGGCUGUGUGUGAGGAUGAUUAUGAGGCUGUGUGUGAGGAUGAUUAUGAGGCUGUGUAUGGGGAUGAUUAUGAGGCUGUGUGUGAGGAUGAUUAUGAGGCUGUGUGUGGGGAUGAUUAUGAGGCUGUGUGUGAGGAUGAUUAUGAGGCUGUGUAUGGGGAUGAUUAUGAGGCUGUGUGUGAGGAUGAUUAUGAGGCUGUGUAUGGGGAUGAUUAUGAGGCUGUGUGUGAGGAUGAUUAUGAGGCUGUGUGUGGGGAUGAUUAUGAGGCUGUGUGUGAGGAUGAUUAUGAGGCUGUGUAUGGGGAUGAUUAUGAGGCUGUGUGUGAGGAUGAUUAUGAGGCUAUGUGUGGGGAUGAUUAUGAGGCUGUGUGUGAGGAUGAUUAUGAGGCUGUGUGUGAGGAUGAUUAUGAGGCUGUGUGUGAGGAUGAUUAUGAGGUUGUGUGUGAGGAUGAUUAUGAGGCUGUGUAUGGGGAUGAUUAUGAGGCUGUGUGUGAGGAUGAUUAUGAGGCUGUGUGUGGGGAUGAUUAUGAGGCUGUGUAUGGGGAUGAUUAUGAGGCUGUGUGUGAGGAUGAUUAUGAGGCUGUGUAUGGGGAUGAUUAUGAGGCUGUGUGUGAGGAUGAUUAUGAGGCUGUGUGUGAGGAUGAUUAUGAGGCUGUGUAUGGGGAUGAUUAUGAGGCUGUGUGUGAGGAUGAUUAUGAGGCUGUGUGUGAGGAUGAUUAUGAGGCUGUGUGUGAGGAUGAUUAUGAGGCUGU